AGCUAGUAAACAACCAACAAGUUAGCAAGACCAGGUAGUUAGCUAGCAGUUUUUUUUAAUUACUGUGGGUUAAAUCAAUAAGAAAGUUAUUAAAAUGACGUUUAAGGUAGCAGUGUAUUUAGACAGCUGAUCAGCUGCCACACGAAGACAUGGCGUCGUCGGAGUGGACAGGAGCAGCGUCAAGCCCGGAUGGUUCUAUAUCCACCGCCGAGUGCACUGUGCCCGCUUGUAUGUUUGCACCGGACCGGGGGUGCGCGGACGAUCCGUUCGGGGAAGAGUGCGUGAACUACGACGGGGGUACCAACGGCCAGUCCGAGGGUCUUAUAGAUUUAAGCAACAAGCUGCUCCUGGUGAGUCCAACGGGGGAACAGUACGACGCACUGAUGCGACAUCUACGUCAACGGCUAGACGAGGGCUGCGGGGAGACCAUCUAUGUGGUCGGGAUGGGCUCGGACGGCAGUGACUACGGUCUGAACGACAAGGACAUGGAGGCGUCCGUCGCCACGGUAAGGUCACUGUGCGAGCAGAUAGAGGCCGACCUCAUCCUGCUGAGAGAGAGGACGGAGGCGGGCGGAAAGAUCAGCGACUACCUCAUCCGCCGGCGUGUGGACGAACAGGACUUCCUGGAAGUCAGGGUGGCGGUGGUGGGCAACGUGGACGCCGGCAAGAGCACGCUGCUGGGCGUUCUGACCCACGGAGAGCUAGACAACGGCAGAGGAUUUGCUCGCCAGAAGCUCUUCAGGCACAAGCACGAGAUGGAGAGCGGCAGGACCAGCAGCGUGGGCAACGACAUCCUGGGUUUCGACCAUGAGGGGCAGGUGGUCAACAAGCCCGACAGCCACGGCGGCAGCUUGGACUGGACCAAGAUCUGCGAGAAGUCCUCCAAGGUCAUCACCUUUAUCGACCUGGCAGGACACGAGAAGUACCUGAAGACCACCGUGUUUGGAAUGACCGGGCACCUGCCCGACUUCUGCAUGCUCAUGGUUGGCAGUAACGCCGGCAUUGUGGGCAUGACCAAAGAGCAUCUGGGUCUCGCUCUGGCACUCAACGUCCCUGUUUUUGUCGUGGUUACCAAGAUAGACAUGUGUCCCGCCAACAUCCUGCAAGAAACCCUUAAAUUAUUACAGAGGCUGUUGAAGUCUCCGGGCUGCAGAAAAAUCCCGGUGCUGGUGCAGAACAAAGACGACGUCAUCGUCACGGCGUCCAACUUCAGCUCGGAGAGAAUGUGUCCAAUAUUCCAGAUUUCAAACGUAACGGGGGAGAACAUGGACCUUCUGAAGAUGUUCCUGAACCUCCUCUCCUCCAGAACCAACUUCAACGACGACGAGCCUGCAGAGUUUCAAAUAGACGACACGUACUCUGUACCGGGCGUCGGCACCGUGGUGUCAGGAACGACAUUGCGAGGAAGGAUUCGUCUGAACGACACGCUGCUCCUGGGCCCGGAUCCUCUGGGCACCUUCAUCCCCAUCGCCGUCAAGUCCAUCCACCGCAAGAGGAUGCCCGUCAAGGAGGUCCGUGGCGGGCAGACGGCAUCGUUUGCCCUCAAGAAGAUCAAACGCUCAUCCAUAAGGAAAGGGAUGGUGAUGGUCUCCCCGAAGCUGACGCCGCAGGCCACCUGGGAGUUUGAAGCAGAGAUCCUGGUGCUCCACCACCCCACCACCAUAUCCCCGCGCUACCAGGCCAUGGUCCACUGCGGCAGCAUCCGUCAGACAGCCACCAUCCUCACCAUGAACAAAGACUGUCUGAGGACGGGCGACAAGGCCUCGGUCCACUUCCGCUUCAUCAAGACGCCCGAGUAUCUGCACUGCGACCAGAAGCUGGUGUUCAGGGAGGGACGCACCAAAGCUGUGGGCGCCAUCACCAAGCUCCUGCAGUCAGUCAACACCCAGGCGGCCAAGUCGCAGCAGGUCAAGAUGCAGGCCAGCAAGAAGAACCCCGAGGAGGGGCGGCCACCCAGUCCCAACACGGCGGCGGCGCUCACACUCAAGUCAGGAGGCAGCGGGCGGCGUCGAGGCGGCCAGCGGCACCGAGGGAAGGGAGGCGGGAAUGUGGCCACGACGCCUCCAGUUGUCACAGCGGCAGCGACCGGUUCCGUUUAAAUGUUUCACAUCCAUACAAAGUGAAGGUGACUUGACUGGGCACACGUUUUAUCUUGACUGUUGGCCACUGGGGGGCGCUCCUUCCUCUUUUAAACAGCAGUAUUUUCUGGCAACUUCCUUAACACAACUAAGCCAACUUCAUUUCAUAGUUGAGGGCUAAAAAAAAAAUAUAUAUAUAUAUAUAACAUAAUGGCUGAAUUCACAGAAUCUAAAUGCAACACUUGGAAAACAAUCACCAGCCAUCUUCAAGCAGCAGUUUGGUCUCGUUUGUUUGUUAGUAUUCUAUACAAAGUAAAUCAAACCACUAACCGCGAUAUGACAUCAGUUUUGUGUGUUUUUUUUUCUAAAGAGCAAUGAAGUUGCCUCACUGACUGAAAUGUUCGAACAGCAGCCCGUUCAAUAAGCUAAGCUAAGCAGCGCAUCGCCACCUUGUUUGAUGAUCCCCUUAAACCGAGCGAGCGCCUCGUUCCUCACACUGACCUGAGGUAACCAGUGUGAGCCAGGACAAUCCGAGUCUUGUUUUUUGUUUUAUCUUUUGAAGAAAAAAAAAAUCUUUUGUUGAGCACAUUGCAUGUUUACGUUCACUUCAUGCCGUUUAAAUUAAACGGCUGCAGUGUGGGUUGUACAUCCUUUUCGAUAAAGUUGUUGUAAAAACACAUCAUGCUCAUUGUGUUACAUUGUUCUUCCUGUCAGCUGUGGAAGAAAAACACCUUGACUUGAAAAAUGACAUCAGGAUAAUUAGGCAAGAUUACCAGAGCAAAUCAAGCACUAUUUUUAUGUCCUGACUGUGACUUUAACGACGUCGUAAAUUCCCCUGAGCUCACUUUCAGGGAGACAUUUCACUUGAUAGUUGUACCAGAUGCACCGCAAUACGGGAGGAAAAAAAAACGUAGACACCAAGUCCAUGUCCGUGAUGGCACAUUAGCUGCUCGGAACAUGUGUCCGAAUACAGUGCACCAUGCUGGGGCACAUCAGGGCACUGGGCUGGAGGAAGCAAGAUACGACUCAUUCAUUCAUUUUCUACCGCUUUUUCCUUACGAGGGUCGUGGGUUGUGCUGGAGCCUAUCCCAGCUUUCUUCUUGCGAGAGGUGGGGUACACCCUGGACUGGUGGCCAGCCAAUCACAGGGCACAUAUAGACAAACAACCAUUCACACUCACAUUUAUACCUAUGGACAAUUUGGAGUCGCUAAUUAACCUAGCAUGUUUUUGGAAUGUGGGAGGAAACCGGAUUUCCCGGAGAAAACCCACGCAUGCACGGGGAUGGGAUGGCCGUGGGUGGAAUCAAUAUGUUUGUGUUUGUUGUGUUUUAGCUUGCAUCAUAUGGGCAGCUGCUUCAAAUAUGAAUCAUUUUUUACAUGAAAAUACAAUUUUGAGGUGGGAUCCCACAGGGUGAUGUGUUAGAACCCAGUCUUUUUUCUCUCUUAUCCUCACAAGGGUUGCGGGGGUGCUGGAGCCUAUCCCAGCUUUCUUCUUGCGAGAGGCGGGGUACACCCUGGACUGGUGGCCAACCAAUCACAGGGCACAUAUAGACAAACAACCAUUCACACUCACAUUCAUACCUAUGGACAAUUUGGAGUCGCUAAUUAACCUAGCAUGUUUUUGGAGAGUGGGAGGAAACCGGAGUACCCGGAGAAAACCCAUGCA